AUCGUAAAAUGCUACAUAACGUUAGAAACGUACUGCGCCUGUCAGCAAGAGCAAUAUCACUUCUCUCCAGAAGCAACAAAAAAUUCGAAAUAACCGACAACACUGAGUUUGUUUCAAAAGUAAUGAAUAGUCGUGUACCAGUCAUAGUGAAUUUUCACGCUGAGUGGUGUGAUCCAUGCAAAAUAUUAACACCAAAGCUGGAGGAAUUGGUGGGUCCCAUGGAGGAUCUUCACCUAGCUAUUAUUGAUGUGGAACAAAAUCCUGAAUUGGUACACACGUUUGAAGUCAAAGCAGUGCCUGCUGUCAUUGCUGUGUCCAAUGGUCUAGUUGUUGAUAAGUUCAUUGGGCUCGUUGAAGCCGGCAUGAUCGACAAUUUAAUUAAGAAACUGAGAAAACCAGCAGUCGAUGAGAAGUCCUAAUUUUUGUUAGUGGUUUUCUUGUUUUCUCGAAUUAUAAAAACGUACUCAAAUAUUUUAUUUAACUGAUUGUGAACUUGCCUGUGUGACUUAGAUUUAAAUCCUUUGGGUUGCCGUUUAGGCCAGUGAGUGGAAUUUCAUUGAAUGAAUUGAAGAACGCAGUGAUACGAUUAUUUAUGAGAAGUCGAUUUUUUUCUAUUGAAGGGUUUUUUAGGAAUAUCUUUUGAUGUAAUGGAGAUGGACGAAUUUUUGUGAAAACAUUUUUUGUAGAUAUUUUUGCCCCCUACAACAAUGUUUUUUAUGAAAAUUUCGAUCUCUCAUCAAUUCAGAGAUAUUUGUAAAAAAUAGGUAAUGAAUGUUUCUACGUUCAUGAGGGCUGGCGAAAUUUUGUUGAAGAGCUUUUUUGUUGAAUAAAUAUAAACUUCGAGAAAUGGUCUCUAAAAACCAUCUCAGACUCGAAAUCUUGUCUCUAGUCUGAGAUAUUUUUAGAGGACAAAUGAUGAAUUGACUGAAUCAUCGGUGCUUCUGUUGAAGUAAAACUAUUGAAUAAAAUAAUGAUCAAGUUGAAAUUAAAUAUGGAAGUGGGAGAUUAAGUACACGUGUUCAUUUGUAAUUAUGACUAUUAUUUUGUUUUUUUUUCCUUGAAAAAAGUAACGUUUAAUUUAAUGCAAUAGUAACUCUUGUUCUCUUUCUUUUCAGAGAUAAAAUUGUAUCAUAGACUUUGUUUCACUCAUCGACAGUGCAAUUUUUACGUGCUAUCGCAUAAUUACAAAAUGUUCUCUCUUUUCUAUGCCUCGUUUAUAAUAUAUAUACACUUGAGAUAAUAAACGAAUAAAUCAGGG